AUGAAUACCACUGGGAAUGAGAAACAUUAUGUACAAACGCUGUAUCUCAUGGGAGAACCUGAGGUCUGUGCCAUUUACCCAACGUGUGUGUUAAUAUGCUGGGACCCACCGCGUGUAACUAACGCGUGUGUUGAGAUUGAAAGAGUAAUGCAAUGGACCUAUACUAUUGAUUGGAGAACGAAUCAUAGCUUAGACAAGGAAUACUCUUCCAUCACAACAGCUCUCUGUCAUGCCAUCAUAGAAAUAUUUUAUCCGAAUGAAAUUAUUUAUGUUCGUAUUUGCGCAACAGGUACGGUAUCUGGUGAAGUAGUGGCCUUUGGUUCCACAAAGUGUUCCAUUGAUGCUAGUGUCACUAUUCCCAUGCCGUGGAUGCAUUCUCAUUCUAUGCAGUGUCGUUGUAUAUUUGAUGGUCUUCUUUUAUCUGCUAAUGGGGCGCAGUGUGUGGAUGCAUUUCCUAGUGUGCCUGGAUCUAUUAAGGUGAUGAUAGCAUCUACACGUAUGCUGGAGUCUAGUUUUGCCUGUUUAAUAGUGAAGAUUGUAUAUGAGGUCCCACCACUACCAAUUACUUCAUCUACGGUGUACUACUUUAUUAUAUGCUCCAAGUCCCUUGUAAAACAGAGGGAGAGAUUACGUCACUAUAGUAUUCAGGAAAUAUUGGAAAAGGAGAAGGCUUCUGCAAUUUUCUGUGGUAUUGGUGAAAUGGGAUCAUCAGCAGCAUUAGCAGCUCAUCUUUUUAUUAGUUCAGUAUCAGAUAAAUCUAAUUCUUUACGGGAACGUGUAUUUUGUAUUGCCUAUGGCUCUCCAAGACGUAUGUUUCUUGAAGACUCACUCAUGCUUGUAUCCUCAUCCGCUUUUAGUGGCAACUUCUUAUACUAUACAGGACUUUUAGUGGCAGCGGAUCCUUCUUGUGGUUACUCAAACGUUUUAUUUCCUUCACACGAUGUGAAGGAGAAACAAAAAAGUGAUCAUAGUAGUAAUAAUAAUAAUAGUAAUAAUAAUAAUAGGAGUAGGUUUCGUUUCAAUAUUCCUCUUGGUAUACGAUGUGGUCCUCUAUUAGACCUUAAAUCCGGCAAAUACUUCUUGCGAACGCAAUGCUCAGGAUUAGAAACUCUCUCUGAAGAGGAACAUCAUGAACGUCUUGAUAUUUUUGAACAUCUCCUUAUUUUAAGCCAGUUAAUUUUUCCAACGGGUGAGGUACAGCUAUCACCAGUUAUUAACACCCUUGAUCACACUCUAGAAGAUGGUGUUGUGGUUUGUCUUUCCAUUAAGGGAUCUAAUCUGCAGUAUAGACCACACAUGUGUGUUUCAACAAGAAGUGGAUGGCCUGUAAAUGUUUCUGUGACCUCUGUGAACCCACGGCAUGUAACCGCAACGUUUUCUCUUGUGGAGAUCAUGUAUUUAGAGUCUUCUGUACGGCACAAACCUCUAAAGCGAUUACAGAUUGAUAUUGCCUUUCUAACUGAUGUUGGUUAUACUUCUUUUGAGAAUUAUACUAUCAAAUUACCUGGUGAUAUUUCCGAGAUAUUAUUCUUUCAAACUCAAAAAAAGCUUCCCAGUUCUUGGUUAUUCUCACAACCAAUGAAUCUUAUCGACAAUGCCAUUGUUAUUGAACCGUUUCUUACGACAACGAAGAUAAUGGAAACACGGGGAAUAGGAUUUACACCACAGAUAUCUACAUAUAUACUUGGAGAAAUAGCUACUAUAGCUGAGCUCACAAAUCAUUACAUUGCCAAGAAACAAAGUGUGAAUAUUCUCACAUUUGUGGCGAAUGUGGCAGCAAAAGUCUCUAACUCUGGGAUGCCACAACAGGCGAUGACUCCCAUGAAUAUUCAAAUACCUCCAAGAAGAGAAGCAACAUUGUUUGAGAAAGUUUUGGGGGAAUAUGUUAUUAGCAAGAAAAGGACAGUAUCGACAUUACUUUCGAAACUCACAUCAUGGAAGCAAAAACUUCAGCAAGGUCUUCCAUGGUUAAACGAUGCAAAAUAUGUAGAAAAGUUACGAUUACUCUUAAGUAUAUUUGACAAAAUACCCCCUUCACGUGAUAUCCCUAUUGUUUCACUUGAACUUUCUCUGCUUACGCACUUACUUCAGUACCUUCGAAAUACAUGUGGAGUAACAAAUAUUAAUCACUUAAAGAGUCUUCAUCAAAUUAUGAGUUUUGAAGCUUUUUAUCAACAGGUACAUCCCUUGUUUCUUGCGUCUAUUCCAGCAUCAGAAAAUGCGGCUAUUGAAAUACUUCUUGAAUCUGCUGCCUUAUGGACUGUAUGUUUGAUUUUUCACCUUCGCUCUUCCUAUCUAUUUAUGCACCUUGUGGCUGUAACAGGGUGUCCUGGCAGUGGGUGCACAACUAUCUGCAACACUAUUGCUCAUUUGAGUGCAGAGGAGAAAUACACCUUUAAAUUAAGUGAACGUCUGAGAAAUGUUGUGAUUCGUCGUACGGCUGAGUACGAGUUGGACGAUUUAAAGGAAGUCCUUAUUCUUGGUUUAAGUGCUACUGUUAUUGUUGUUGGUGAGUUUGCCGACAUCAAGGGAUUAGGAUACAAAGCCACAUGGAGUUCUAUCGAGCGAUCAUUGCGUAAUAACAAAAAACAACAGAUUCUAACAUUUCUUUCAAAAGUUGAUGAACUUGUGGUUCAAUGCAGUCAAAGAGAUAUUUCAGUUGGAAAAGAUCCCGUAUGCACAUUGUGUGAGAAGGCAGUGGCGUUGGCUACGAAAUUGGCAGGCACAGACGCACCCAAGGAACUUGUGGCAGUUUCUUUUGCCCCAUCUGUUUCUUUUCUAAAGGCAUCCGUGUUCUUGCAGGAAAGUGGAAUAUCAGCAGAUGAGUUCGCGAGAAAACUUCUCGAUGUAUCGCUCUCCAAGGUAAGGGGGAUAUUGGCAAACAUUCGGCAAGGGAGUAGAUUGUGUUAA